AUGAGAAAUUGGGCCAGGUUCGCAGGAUUUGCGUACGCGACAUUGUUCGCUCCGAGAGGAGCGGCAGAGUCACUCUCAUAUGAUGUCUGCCCACCUGAUGCAGAUGUUGUUGGGGUCGACGUUAUUACCCAGGUCAAUGUUUGCCCAGUCCAAGUUAGCAGUUUCUGCAGCUCGAAUACUAUCAUCACAAUCGGAAUUGGGAUGACCGUGACUGUUACCAACGCUCCAACUCUUGUGAUAGCCACCGGCAUCGUGACGAGCACUGUAUAUAUCACGAGCACAGUGUAUCCACCGACUAAUCCUGGCUACAUAACUACAACAACGACGAUUCCAGCUGAUCAGCCAGGCUACACUUCAACUAUUCCACCGUCGGGAACUUAUCCUGGAGUUGUCAUUAUCGGAGAUCCUCGUGGAGGCUAUGUGACAACAACUUCCACAAUACCAGCUGGACAGCCAGCCUACACGUCAACUAUCCCUCCCUCAGGGACAAACCCUGGUCUUGUGAUUAUUGGUCAACCUUCUGCACCCGCAGGAUAUAUCACUUCCACUACAACAGUUCUUCCAGGACAGCCUGGUUUCACUUCUACGAUUCCUCCAUCAGGCACAUAUCCGGGUGUAGUAGUUAUUGGGCAGACCCCUGGACUUCGGUACGUUACGACUACCACGACUGUUCUUCCAGGCCAGCCUGCAUUCACUUCUACAAUUGCUCCAUCAGGUACAAACCCUGGCGUUGUAAUUAUUGGGGAGACCCCUGGUGCGCAGUACGUGACAACUACUACAACUGUUCCCCCAGGCCAGCCUGGAUUUACUUCGACAAUCGCUCCAUCGGGUACCAAUCCUGGUGUUGUAGUUAUCGGUGAGGAACCUAGACUUGGGUAUUUCACAACUACCACGACUAUUGCCCCGGGUCAGCCCGAGUUCACUUACACAAUUGCUCCAUCAGGCACAAAUUCUGGUAUUGUAAUUAUCGGUGAAACUCCAAGACCUGGAUAUAUCACAAUCACUUCCACAAUUCCAAUUGAUCAGCCUGGUUACACUUCGACCAUCGCCCCUUCGGGCACAUUCCCCGGUGAAAUCAUCAUCGGUGAGCCUGGCUAUCGAUUUAUCACUACCACCUCUACUAUUGCAGCAGGUCAACCUGGAUUUACCUCAACUAUCGCACCUUCGGGAACAUACCCAGGUGUGAUUGUUAUUGGUGAGCCCUCCGGCGUAUUUGUUACAACUACUUCAACCCUUCCACCUGAUGCUCCUGCCUAUACAUCUACAAUCCCCCCCGCUGGAACAGUAGCUGGAACCGUGAUCGUUGGGCAGCCUGCACGGCGAAUAGUGACCACCACUUCUGCCCUACCACCAGGAGUCCCUGCAUAUACAUCAACAUUCGCUCCCACCGAUCCAUCGUCACCAAUCACUGUCGUUAUUGGAGAGCCUGCAGGACUUUACGUCACUGCCACCACAACACUACCCCCAGCUUUUCCUGCGUACACUUCAACUAUCCCUCCUGCUGGGACAGUCGCUGGUACAGUGCUUAUUGGGGAGCCCGCAGGAGUUUAUGUCACUGCCACCACAACACUGCCUCCUGGAUUCCCUGGUUUUACUUCGACUAUCCCUCCUGCUGGGACAGUCGCUGGCACAGUGCUUAUUGGAGAAGCUGCAGCACGCUACGUUACUGCCACUACAACACUUCCCCCAGGAUUUCCUGGGUACACCUCAACUAUACCUCCCUCUGGCACAGUUCCUGGCACAAUUCUUAUCGGCGAAACCCCUGGAGCCUAUGUCACAUCUACAUCUACUUUGCCGCCUGGGUCUCCAGCCUAUACAUCAACUGUGCCUCCCGCUGGAACAGUUCCUGGGACGAUCAUUAUCGGUCAGCCUGCCUUGGGUUAUGUCACUACUACCUCCAUUUUGCCGCCUGGAUCCCCAGCAUACACGUCAACAGUGCCUCCUGCUGGGGGAGCUUCUGGUACGAUUAUCAUCGGUCAGCCAGGCCUGGGUUAUGUCACUACUACUUCGAUCUUACCGCCUGGAUCCCCGGCUUACACGUCGACUGUGCCUCCUGUUGGGACAGUGUCUGGCACAAUUAUCAUCGGUCAGCCUGGGCUAGGUUAUGUCACCACUACCUCCAUUUUGCCUGCUGGAUCUCCAGCUUACACGUCAACUGUGCCUCCGGCAGGAACAGUUUCUGGCACAAUUAUUAUUGGUCAGCCUGGGCUAGGUUAUAUCACUACUACUUCGAUUCUACCCCCUGGGUCUCCGGCUUACACUUCAACUGUACCUCCGGCAGGGACAGCCUCUGGUACAAUUAUCAUCGGUCAGCCUGGGCUAGGUUAUGUCACUACUACCUCCAUUUUGCCCCCUGGAUCUCCAGCUUACACGUCAACUGUACCUCCGGCUGGUACAGUUUCUGGCACAAUUAUUAUUGGUCAACCUGGUCUCGGGUAUAUCACUACCACGUCUACACUACCGCCUGGAUCCCCACCUUAUACCUCAACUUUCCCUCCUUCAGGCACAGCUUCCGGUGUUGUUGUAAUUGGGACGCCGGCAGCCGCAGGAUUUGUGACAUCCUACACUACGAUACCCUUUGGGCAGCCAGCCUAUACAUCUACCGUUCCUCCCGUCGGGGCUAUUUCAGGUACCAUCAUUAUUGGAACACCAGGGGCACCUCCCUUGCCGACUGUGUACGUCACAACAACAAGUACAAUUCCUGUGGGCCAAUUGCCAUACACAACAACAAUCCCUCCUUCCGGCACCGCUCCUGGUCUUAUCAUUAUUGGGCAGCCAGCAAGUGCAGUUUUCGUUACCACGACCUCGACCCUGCCACCAGGCGUAUCAGGCUAUACUUCCACUGUGCAACCUUCGGGAUCCGUUGCUGGUACAAUCAUAAUUGGUCAACCGACUUCUCUAGCGUCUACAUCAAGUUCGCAAACCUCAAGUACAUCAUCCACAAUAGCUAGCUCGAGUACAUCAUCAACGAUAGCAAGUUCAAGUACAUCGUCCACAAUAGCCAGCUCGACGACAUCAUCGACUAUCGCCAGCGCGACCACAUCAUCCACCAUAGUCAGCUCGAGUACAUCGUCUAGUAUUGCCAGCUCGACUGUGCUUACAUCGUCGAGUGUUUCCUCAAGCAUUUCAACGACUACAGCUCCGGACACAUCCAGUUCUGCUACGUCUUCAUCUACGUCGUCAAGCUCUACCAGCUCGGUUCUUCCAAAUCUGGCCUGCCCACCUCCAACGGUUGUCUGUCCACCGAACGGAGUCAACAUUGCCCAUUAUGCGAACCCCUUCGACUACCCUUCAACGUUUGGUUCGCUCCUUGGAGUUGGCCCAGAUUAUUAUAUGAGCUUGACUCCUCUAGCAUUGAGUUUGAUUCAGAGUUUUACUGGCCCCGAGUUAGCUGAGCCUCCUCUGACUCAAGCCGUGUUCCCUCCUAAUUCGCCUCCAUACUUUCCCGGUCAAACCACCGGGACAUGGGCAGGAAUCACAUACAACCCCAACAAUUACACGUUCGUCUACACAGGAUAUUUCCAAGCACCAUCUACUGGAUUAUUCUCUAUCUGCUCUGAGGCAGAUAACGUGGCAUACCUUUACGUGGGCCCAGGCGACGCUUUCCCAUGUGGUGGUACUGUAGAUGUAGCUGGCGCCUCUUACAGCCUCAUCUCAGGUUUCCUGUACACAGCACCUCUUCUGCAAUGCACAUCAGUCAACUUUGUUGCUGGUAACUAUUAUCCGAUGCGCUUGGUCUAUGGCAAUAACGGACUUCCUUCGGAGAAUAAUUUCACCAUCACAGCGCCAGGAGCAGUCACCCCUCUGGCUCUGACAGGCUCCUUGUUUCCGAAAGUAUGCUAA